AAAAAGGAGGGAAAUUCUCACACUGAACUUUUCACCUCUUUUUCAUUGUUGCCGUCGUCCAUCGCCCAUCGCCCACCGUUGUCGUUGCCGUCGUCAUUGGAAUCAUUAGUCUUAUCGCUUUUGUGGACUCUGGAGCGGAUGCAGAUAGAGGCUCUUUGAGUCCAUCAUGAAGUCAUUCGUCGUUUCAAUCCUCCUCCUCCUCUUGUCGUGCCCAUGGUUAUGCACCGCUGCCAACAAAGAGGAGGAAAAGGCGACGGCCCUCUUGAAACUCUCCCACGAGAUACACGGGAGAAUAGGGGUGCCCAUGCUGUACGCACGUCAGGCUCCCUCUGGAACCAGUAACCCUGCGACAGUCCCACCUUCCACUCAGCAAUCCCCCACUCCAUCCUCCUCCCCGACGCCGUCCCAACAGUCUCCUUCACCCGACCCGCCAAUCACCACGUCAGACGCUCCGGCACCGUCUCGCACAGUCUCCCCGCCUCCCAUCACCAAUGCCCCGCCUUCAGAGACCGUCGUCAUUACUCGAACAGGCGAUAAUGGCGCUCCAACCGUUAUUGUCACCGUGACAAAUAGGCCUAGUGGGCAGGGAAACGUAAACACACGUAAUCCAAAGGCAACGACCUCAGGCGUCCCCGCUCCUGAUAGCGAGGCAGGAGACACGACAAAAAAGAGCAGCAGCACGUCCGUCAUUAUUGGUUUGUCGGUCGGUGGGGCUGCCAUUGUCAUUGCCGGUGUUGGCAUUUUUGUCUUUCGCAAAUUGGGGCUUAAACCCUCGAAACGCUUUCGCGGUCGUCUGGCGGAUCUGGACGCACCCGGGGUCAGCCCCACACCUACCCAACCUUCGUCCCCUUCCACCAGUCCCGUGCCCGGCCCCCAGGACCGCGACAAACGCUUUCUUCACGACACGAUUCACGUUUCCCAAUCGCCCAGUGUCACGCCCUUUGGCGCCCCUGUCUCGGCCCAGCCACAGGAAGCCUAUGUACCCUAUGAAUAUGCUUAUGCUCCGCCUUAUGCAACCGCAGCCGCUCAUUCUACGGCUGGGUACGAUGCCUAUGCGCCUGGUCACGGGCCGUACGCUGCAUAUCAGGGCUAUGACACGUCAUCGCAGCCGAGAUAUUAAAUGCCGAGAUAGAGAGGAGCCGAGAGAUUUGGAAAUGCCGCCAGAAAAAUGGACACUUUUUAUUAACAACGUUGAUUGCAUAGAGUUUGUAUCUGAUCCUUUUUUUGUGACAUGUAGUAUCGUUUCUGUGUGUAUGUGUGUGUGUGUUGCGCGUGUGUAUUUGGAGCUGGAUAGUUUUACUGAUAAUAUACUGUCAUUUUUGCACA